GGUGAGGGUUGGAACCACUUACGCGGUUGUGCACUUUUCACCAUGGUUGAGACCUGCAGUGGGAAGGACACUAGCCCCUACACCAAGGAGCAGCAAGAGAAGAUGGUCGCCUUAGUUAAAGAGAAUAGGGAGAGAAAAGAGCGCGAGAAGCAAGCGAAGUUAAAGGCUAUCGCAGAUGAACAAGCGGCAAAGAUGAGGGAAUUGGAGGAGGAGAUGGAGAAAAAGAAGAAGGCUGCUGAGGAAGAAGUGGCAGCAGAAGAAGAGAAAGAGAGAAUGAGGAUUGAGAGUGGAGAGGGGAGUAGUGGUGGCACGACGAAGAGGGAUACAAAUGUUGAGAUUGAAAAGAAGAUAAGCGAGUGGGUCGCUAAUUUAUCGUUGGGAGAAGACAAGGAGGCGAAAUCUUAUGUAACUGAGGACGAGAGGGCUGCACUAGCCAGUGAGCUAGCAGCAAUGACAGACCCUAUGGAACGGCGAGAGAGGGAGGAGGAGCAGAAGUUGGCAUGGAAGUUAAGGAUGAAGAGGGAGAAGAAGAGGAGGAGAGAAGAAGUGAACAAAAUGACCGCAGAGGUAGCAAGGGUGCAGGAGUGCAGAAAGGAAGUGUUGGCCCAGCCAGAGGACGAGGCCAAGUGGGAUAAGGUACUGGGGGAGUUUGCGCGCGAGAGCGUCACCCACAUUGGGGGCGAAGUAAAGCAGUUGAGGGACAACGUAGGGAAGUUCCGUGAAGGUGCCAUUGAAGGUGCCAAAGCCAUAGCCGCUGCAGAGGGCGAGGCCAGGCCUCGCAAGGACCCAACCAAGCUCAAAUUCCCGGAUGCUUAUGGAGGGAAGAAGGAAGAGAACUUUGACAAUUGGGAAGCCAGUGUCAAUAGUUAUAUUUUACAGCAUAUCCUGACAGAGGAGCAAGUCCUCGUGGCCUUCCAGGCCCUCAAGGAUGAAGCUGUUAGUUUCACCAGGUCUCUUGCGCGCGCAGCCGGGUGUGAAAACAACCUGGUUGCAUAUUCAAAGGUCACCCCUCUCUCUCAGUUCCUCAAGCUCCUGAAGGAGCGAUUUGCGGACCCAACGAGAGGCGUUCGCGCCUCUGAUAAGCUGCAAACGAUCCACUCACAACAGUGGAGGAGUGCAAGAGCACUCAAAGGUGUGGCAGAAGAGUUGAAGGAGAGGAUGCCAGUCUGGGCCAAGAUGAAGAAAGAGAGUAAAGGACAACUGAUCUUGGUAGAUGUAGAGGUGUUUAGAAGUAGAGUAGGGGCCCUUAUAGAUUCAGGGGCCACUCGCAGUUAUAUUAGCCGUAGAGCGCUGAAGAAGUUGAGGCUAGGACUAAAAGUCCAGAAGUUAGCAGACCCCAUAGUUAGUGUUCUCGCAGACAACCACACAAUGCGUGUUGAGGACUAUGUAGAGGGAGUCCAGGCGUACUUUCGCCUAGAGAAGGAUGGGAAGGUGGAGAAAGUUCUCCAUUCCCUAACUCUCCUCGUACAGGAUGACCUUCCUUUGGACGUAGUAUUAGGAAUGGAUUGGGGAGAGGCAGCAGGGGCCACACUCCACUUGAGAGAGCAUGAGUGUAGGCUGCCUAGUCCGUCAGGCAAGGUUAAGACUGCCCGCCUGUUUCAUGUGUCAGGUGUAGACAACACCUUGGCACAUUGUUGUCUCAUUGCUCCCGCGUUCGCGCGAUUAGUAAAGGAGCGAUUAGAAGAACAUGUCUUUGUAGUUUAUGUUAGACCUGUCACUGAGGCCAAGGAAAAGGAUAGUUCCACAGAUCCAACGAUUGCCAAGCUGUUGGAAGAGUUCAAGGAUUUGAUUGAGUCGCCGACAGGAGUAGAAGGAGAGUUGAGAAUGUGUAUAGACUAUAGGGGUUUGAAUGCAACCACAGUGAAGAAUGCUGAGCCGCUGCCCAGGAUAGAUGAUCUUUUAGAUCGGGUGCAGGGUUGUAAGUAUUUUUCCAAGAUAGACCAGAAGUCCGACUAUGAUCAGAUAGAGGUCCAUCCUGAUGAUCAGUACAAGACUGCGUUCCGGACUCGUUAUGGGCACUAUGAGUUUAUAGUGAUGCCCUUUGGACUAACCAACGCGCCAGCUACUUUUCAGCGUUGUAUGAAUGAUUUGUUCAGACCAUGGUUAGAUAAGUUUGUAGUAGUUUAUCUAGAUGAUAUCCUAGCUUUUAGUAAGACCCUCCAGGAGCACCAGGGUCAUCUGAGGCAGGUCUUGGAGAAGCUACGAGAGGCUAACUUCAAGAUCAACGCAAAGAAGUCCAAGUGGGCCAAGACACAAGUCCUGUACUUGGGCCACGUGUUGGACGGAGAUGGCAUUAAGCCAGAGGACAGUAAGAUAGCGACGAUUAGAGAUUGGCCGACGCCCCUCACACUGAUAGAGUUGCGGUCGUUCCUAGGCUUAGCUAACUACUAUAGGAAGUUCGUGAGGAACUUCUCCACUAUCGCCGCUCCCUUGCGCAGAUUGCUAAAUAAAGAGGCAAUCUGGCAAUGGGACAAAGAUUGCACGUUUGCGCUAAAGAGAUUGAAGCGCGCCUUAAUAGAGUACCCUGUCCUCAAAGUAGUUGAUCCGUCCUUGCCAUUUGUCGUCACCACGGACGCAAGCCAAUAUGGGAUAGGCGCCGUGUUGCAGCAGGAUGACGGCAAUGGCUAUAGACCCGUAGAGUUCAUGUCAGCGAAGAUGCCCUCAGAAAAGGUUGCCACCUCGACGUAUGAGAGAGAACUCUACGCUCUCAGGCAGGCUUUAGAGCAUUGGAAGCAUUAUCUGCCUGGGAGGCACUUCAAGGUAUACUCAGACCACGAAACUCUUAGAUGGUUAAAGACUCAGGCCAAGAUGACACCUAAGUUGACUAGGUGGGCCGCAGAGAUAGACCAAUAUGACUUUGAGCUUAAGCCAGUGAAGGGCAAGUACAACGUAGUUGCGGACGCUCUGAGUAGGAGAUCAGACUACUUUGGAGCCAUAGUACACUAUCUGGAUAUAGGAAGAGACCUGCAGGAGAAAGUAAAGCAAGCGUAUGCGCAUGACCCUAUCUAUAGCAACCUCCUGAAGAGAGUUAGAGAGGCCCCGGAGACUGAACCAGAUUACCGCACUACAGACGGAUUACUGUUUGAGAAGACCAACGUGUUUGACCGCCUGUGUGUUCCCAAUAGCGAAGAGAUCCGCAGUCUGAUUUUAGGGGAAUGCCACGAUAUUGAAGGGCAUUUUGGUUGGCAAAAGACAUUAGCCAAUCUGAUGCAUGCAUACACCUGGCCAGGGAUGAAGAAUGACUGCAUAGAGUAUGUCCGCAGUUGCAAAGUGUGACUGCAUAGAGUAUUUCCGCAGUUGCAAAGUGUGCCAGAGGAAUAAGUCUACUACAUGCGCGCCCCUAGG